AUGACCGUCGACAGCCUUCAUUUUCGUAUUGCAACCCCAGACGAUGCGGGGCAAGUUCAGCAACUUGUGCAAUCGGCAUUUCGCGCCGAAGACAGCAGACAAGAGUGGACUGCGCAUGAGGAACUCAACUCGCGCUUUUCCAUUGAACUCAAAGAGAUCCUGGCCAUAAUCACCAACCCAGAUUCCGCGUUUCUGAUGGCCACCGACAACAAUGCCACCUUUGUGGCCACCAUCGGGGUUUCUAAGAAGGCUGCUGAUCGCGGUCGCUUGUUUAUGCUCGCAGUAGAUCAGAAAGCCCAGCGCGGUGGUGUUGGACGCCAGGUACUUGCUUACGCUGAGGACUACUGUCAAAGGACUUGGGGCGUCACGAACCUCGGGUUGAACGCUCUUUCGACGCGCCAGAACCUGAUUUUGUGGUACAUACGCCGCGGCUACCGCAAGACUGGCGAAGAAACACCAUUCCCUCGUGAGCACUUCAAAGAUCUGGUGUUGCCGGAUGACAUGUGUUUUGUGGAGCUGGAGAAAAACUUAGGCGCAGUGCCUGUUGUGGAAGGACCUGCAUGA